UUUUGUAAUUAAGUUUUCAAAGCAUCUUCAAAACGUUAUUCUCCGACAGGGCAUUUACUUUUGUGUUUAUCGCAACAGUAACGAAACGACAAUUGGCUCACGCGAAGUGUCUCAUGACAUCUAUAGUGAAAUAGGCUACAUAUAAGCUAAAAUUUAAUGAUGACACCUUCACUGAGGAAAUCUUCUCCGUCUCGAUUACAUAAGAAUUAACUGAUAUUGGUGUACUUACAAACUCUUACAAGCAAAUAUGUAUAACAGCCAACUACCAGACGAGUCAUGGGUCUUGAAUUGUUUAGGUCUUAGCUUAUCGUCAGAGGAGGAAACCAGUUUGUUAAUUUCCUUAACAGACUUGUACAAUUAUUUUUAUGUAUAGCAGUCAGAGAGAAAGCAAAAUUUUUAUCUUUUAAUUUCAAAUUUAUGCUGCAUUUAUAGUAUUUUGUAUUUUUUUUAUUAUCGUUUUACAAAAUUUUGCAUUUUGGAUCUUCCAACCUAGCAAGCUACAUGGAUCUCCUGUAAGACUCGGUUUCAGAAACCGGGGGAGAUGACGGAGCUCAGACACAGGAGAGAGGCGACAUGCGGCGAAUCAGACGACAUCCUGAGCAAGGCGUCCGCGGAGCUUGGCUCUUCCCCUGUUCCGCUACCUGAAGACAAAGCAGAAGGCUUGGCCUCCGAGGAGCUGCAGCAGCCAGGCUCCGUUGACGGAUGCCCAGCAAGCACUUCGGGGGCAUGGGAGCAGAUGGAGGAGGAGACGGAGGCGAAAGAGGAGAGCAAUAAGAAGGGGGACGAGGAAGCAGAGCAUUCAGAGCCCUGUGACGUCAAAAGACCAAGGAACUUUGGCAAAUCUGUUUUAGUCCAGCGCCUGGUGAAGCUCCUCUUUGGCUGCCUGGCAGCUGUGACCUGUGGCAUGAUGUAUGCCGUCUAUCUCUCCAUCUACCAUGAGAAGAAGUUCUGGUUCUCGAGCAGACAGGAGCUGGAACGGGAAAUUACCUUCCAGGGUGGCAAUGGACUCUACUAUUACUACUAUAAGCACAUGCUGAAAGCGCCCUCAUUCGAGAAAGGAAUAUAUGAGUUGACACGGGACAACAGGACCGUUUCGGCCCUGACUAUCAACGCAGUGGAGCAGCUGUUCCUGUACCCUGAGCUUGUCACCAGCUUCCUCUACAGAGUCACCGGCAGUCAGGAUGUGAUCGAGCCAGUGUACUUCUACAUCGGGGUGGUGUUCGGCCUGCAGGCCAUCUACGUCACGGCGCUCUUUGUCUCUAGCUGGGUGAUGAGUGGCACCUGGGUGGCGGGCAUGUUGGCCGUGGCGUGGUACAUCAUCAACAGGCCGGACACGACGAAAGUGGAUUACGCCAUUCCACUGAGGGACAACUGGGCCCUGCCUUAUUUCUCCUGCCAAGUCGCUGCCUUAACUGGUUUCCUUAGAAACAACAUCCACUCCUCCAUGGAGAUGUUCUGCUACCUUCUCAUGAGUGCUUCCACCUUCACCUUCAUCCUGAUCUGGGAGCACGGGCACUACGUGGUGUUCGUCCAGGGCCUGGCGCUCUUCUUGCUCGACUGCUUCGACCUUGUGCAGCCCCGCAAGAUGGCGGACAUCCAUAAGGUGUAUCUGUGCUCGCUGCUGCUGGCCUACCCACUGCAGUUCCAGAACCCCAGCCUGCUCAGCUGCCCCCUCCUCUGCCUCCUGGUUGGCUCAGCGCUUGCCAGGUACUUGCAGCACAACUUGAAAGUGGGCCCCCCGCUGGCCAGACUUAUGAAGAUACUAUUGCACUUCUACCUGGUUUUCACUAUCGGAAUCACUUUCAGCUAUCUGGUCAAGAAAAUCAUCCCCGUCCGUGAAAGUGACCAUAUACUCAAAUUUCUUGAGGCGAAAUUUGGGCUCAACUCCACAACGGACUUUGUGACAAACCUGCUGCUGUGUCAGGAUGACCUCCAGAGCCCCGGCCAGGACUUCUUCCUUCGGCUGACGCAGGCGUCUGUGCUGCCCUUCUACCUGCUCGUCCUGCUGGUGUGCCUCCUGUCCGCCCUGCAGGCCAUCUACUGCCGCCUCAGCGGCCAGCCACUGAAGAGCUCCCCCCGCCUGGAGGACGGCCUGAUUGGGCAGCAGCCGGAGGUCGUCUACCAUGUGUUCCACACCCUGCUCUUCGGGGGCCUGGCCAUGCUGUUUGUGGGGAUGAAAUACCUCUGGACUCCCUAUGUCUGCAUGUUCACAGCGUUUGGCGUCUGCUCCCCAGAGCUCUGGGUCACAGUGUUCAAGUGGCUCAGGCUGAAGUCGGUCCAUCCUGUGGUGCUGGCUCUCAUACUCAGCACAGCUGUUCCCACCAUCAUCGGGUUCAGCUUGUGGAGAGAGUACUUCCCCCGGCUGAUCACGGAGUUAUCCGAGCUGCAGGAAUUCUACGACCCGGACACGGUGGAGCUGAUGAACUGGAUCAAGACACAGGCCCCUAUGGCAGCCGUGUUUGCGGGCAGCCCCCAGCUCCUGGGCUCAGUGAAGCUCUGCUCCGGAUGCAGUGUGACCAGCCUGCCCCUCUACACUGACAGUACCCUCCUCAGGAGGAGUGAGAGCAUUUACCAGGUCUAUGCACUACGGUCCGCAGAGGACAUCUACAAGAUCCUGACGUCGUACCAGGCCAGUCAUGUGAUCAUCGAGGAGGCGGUCUGCAGCGAGCUGGGUCCACCCAAGGGCUGCAGGAUAAAAGACCUGCUGGACAUCUCCAAUGGCCACGUCGUUUAUGAGAAAGGAGAGAUGUAUGCCUUCUCCAAGUACGCACGCUUCUGCCAGGAGAUCAAGAUGAACUACUCGCCCUACAUCAACUACUUCACCAGGGUCUUCUGGAACCGCUCAUACCACAUCUACAAAGUGAACGCCGUGGUCUCCUUCCAGUACUGAUGACAGGGACUGUCUGCCUUUCCAUCUCUGUCUCUGUCUGUAGGUCUGUCUCUGGUUGUGUUCAGUCCCUCUAAAAAGCGCUGUAAUGAAGCCACCUUGAUGUUUCAUUUACUGGGACAAACAUCAGGGCAAAUUGCAUCUCUUAACUGGCCAAAGGAGCCAAAUACCCAGGCUCUCGCGACCCAGGCUGCUGUUUUUGUUGUCGUUGUCGUUCGUAUCCAGGUAUUCGUCCUCUGCUCUGUACUGGGUUGAAGAUAACUGGUGUUUACUGUCACUUUGGGGCGUGCGUGUGUGUGUAUGUGCGUGCGCUGUGCAGCUCUGUCUGCUAUGACCUGCGUGAGCCUACAGGACACGUCUUCUAGCUUUGCCCCUCCUUUGCCGAAUGACCGCAGCUGCAGCUCCCAAUACCAGCUUUUUGUACAUAGGCAGUAAUCUGUAUCCAGCCUCUGCCGGUCUGAUGACAGCCCUUAGCAUCUAUGGCCUCCAAACUCUAUUUGAUUCAGAGUGAAUUAUCCCAAGGCACUGACUGCGUAAUCCUACCCCUGGGUUCCCAAAGAAUGCCUAGUUAUCUAGUUACCAGUAUGAGGCACAUAAAGUCGUAGGUAUUAUCAAUGCCUUGUGUCCAGCCUAGAAAUCCCAAUGCUGUUAUGGUUCCAUCACUGCAGGCUGCUUGCCUGAUGGUGCGGAUUCGUUGGACGCACCUACAGCAAAGCCCAUGAAUCACUGCUGGGUUUUUCAGUUUUUCAGAGUGCCGUGAGGUCGCCGUGGAGCAGAGUGGAGAAAUCCAGCAGCCAUGUUUGACGUCUGUUCCGCAUUCGCCUCCUCACAAAUGGCGUAGGCGGAGGUGCUGACUGAGGUGGUGUCAUGGAUGAGUAUUCUGGUCUCUUUUAGACCAGGAGGGGUCUGGCUCUGUUUAAGAGAAACAUAGCAUGUAAAAUGGGGGCAGUAGGCUUACAUGGUUCAAUUCUUUUUUGCUUGUUUUUGUCCGUGUUUUAGAUUUUUUUAACUGUCUUGUUAUGUUACAAACCAUGUGAUGUAUCUGAUGUUUGCGCCAAAGAUAACGUCCUUGUCUGAGGUUUCAAAAGCUGCUUUUUGAAUAUACUUUGAAUUUGUGUAAAUAUUCUUAUUUAAAACUCAUCGUAGUUCAUUUCUCUCUUGCAGUGGAUUUUAUUUAGGAAGGCAAGGUGUUAGGUACUCUAUGCAUUCAUCAGACAUGAUGCAGGCCUAACGCUGGAAGGGCAGGCUGUUGCUUGACUGGGGGGGGGGGGUGACUGUGCCUGGACCCGGUCUGCAGGUCAGCCGGAUGCAGGGCACCCCCCUGAGCCAUCGGGGAGGACAGGGGAAGGUGCACAGGCAGUAGAAUCCUUUGUGCACAGAGGCCAUGUCUGGUGUUGCUGCUUUUCUGUUCCUGGUGUGUGUGUGUGUGUGUGUGUGUGUGUGUGUGUGUGUGUGUGUGUGUUUCUCUUUUAUUCUGAUGAAGGUGCUUGGUGGGAGGGGGGUCUGUGUCAUGGGCUGAGUUGCGUCAGGCCUUACCUGGAUAUUAGUGAAUCAUUAGAUGGACGUUAAUUAUCUGUUCAGCGUCAUGAAUGACACAGUUGCUGUCUGAAACGCCUCGCUUCUGCAAAAUGUUCCUUGUGCCUUUUACUUUUUCUUGGGGGGGGGGGGGGGGUGCUCUAGCCACAUUUCCAUCCAGAACACGCUCUCCGUGUGUCCGGCUCUGUGUCUGACUCUGCAUUCCACCCCCAAGGCACCAUUUGUCGUAACAGAAUGGGGCGGUGUUUGGCUCGGGGUGGGGGGCGGGCUGCUGUGCCUAUGAGUGGAAGGUUGCUGGUUCAAAUCCCGGGGUCUGCAGUGCAGGGAUGCAGUAGAAGCAUGGAUUCCCUGGCAGUAAAAUUAUGAAUUUUGUUGGGACCGGGUGACAUUUUCUCAGGGGGCCCAGACUUGUCCCCCCUGCGGCAGAAUGAUUUCACUGUUGAGCCCCUGAGUGAGGCUCUUUAUCCCCAAAUGCUCCAGGGACUGACUGUCCCUGCGCUCUCAGUUGUAUGUCACUUCUGAUAAAAGCGUCUGCUAAAUAUGUAAAUGUAGAAUGGUUUUAGAUGUCGGCAAGCUGCCCACUCGCUCUUAAGCCGUGUUCUGCAGACUGCAGCUCUCUUGGUGAAUAGUAGACAAUCUGGGAUGUAUUUAAAGAAAAGUCAAUACUGCAGGUGAUUCUUUACCGCUCUUUUUAAAAAAAUCUUUCAAAUUAUAGUGACACUAUCCCAGACUGUGUUUUAAGGGAUAUUAGGAAUUGAAAGAAAGUCAAAAUGGCCACUAGUUAAACUUAUAUGCUAAACAGCUCUUCAUGUUACCCCAGCGUCUGUUUUACUUCUGACAAGAUGGUCCUUUGUGUUCUUCUCUUGUGUUAUAGUGUUACAGUAAAGUAUGCUCACAUAUUAAAGGAUAUUUAAUAAAAGUGACUUAACCUGGAUCUGCUGGUAAUAAUAAGUGACAAAUGUAAACAUUUGGGUUACAUUCUCUUUUCUAAAUAACACUAUGCUAAGUUAUUCAUCUAAAUAUUACAGAAUCUCAAAAUGUCUGAUACUUAAACAUAAGUAAAUGCAAAUCAUAAUUGGAGAAUUAUACUGUGAUAUUUAAUAAAGUGCUUUUAUGGUAUUUGAUUGUAUGUUAUAAAUUUGUACUUGUGUUGUACAAUAACCAAAUUUUGAUUUAUGUUAUUUUUUAGUUUAAUUAAAGGCCAAUCUAAUGAGAUGCCUAAUCUGUUGUGUUUUCAGGCAAUAUUUCUUGUGAAGGGUUCUACAUAGAAAUAUAAAAGUUUUGUAUAAUAUGUCUAUUGUUUGUUUUUGCUGCCUUGCAGCCACAGGAUAGGCUAAUGACCCCUGAUGCCCCUGGAUUGGAUAAGCGGUUACAAAAAAUGGAUGGAUGGAUAGGUGUUUGCUUUUGUUUUUUGUUUUUUUUUCCCCCAAAUCUGCUUAUCUGGUAAAGGGUUAGUUUGAGCCUGGAAUCUACUGAGAGAGAACAAGGCAGUGGUCACUAAAUUUCUGUAAUUGCAAAUAAUAAUGAACUCAUAUGCUAAUAAACAGCACAUGGUCUUACAAAA